ACAACAAGCAUUAUAUUUGGAGGAAACCACAUCAUGGCUAUGAUACCCACCACUUACAACGAAAAGGAUAAUGUCUGGAGCGGAGCCAAGCGCAACUCCAUGUACAACUAUGACACCUCCGUGGGAAAAAUCAUUUUCAACAAUAUGAAAAACUGGCCGACAAACGUGUGUCAGAUAUGUGAUGUCGAUGGAGUAACCGUCACAUUCGAGCAGGGCCUCACCUGGGCCAUUCGGAUAGCCCAGUACCUCAAGAAAAGAGGUCUAAACCACAAGGAUGUGAUUGGCAUUGCAGCCAAGAACUCAACUUAUGUGAUGCCCUUGGGAGUGGCCUGUCUUAUGAAUGGUACCCCAUUCCACUCGGUUAACCCUGUUCUAGAUGAUGGCACCUUAACCCAUGUGUUCUCCAUCACCAAGCCAACACUGAUAUUCUGUGAUGGACACGAGUACGAUAAGGUUCACAAGGCUACGGUGGGAUGGCAUCCGGAAAUCCUAACCCUCACGGAACAUGUAGAAGGAGUCCAGGGCAUUGAGACUCUGCUGGAUCCCACCACAACUGAAAAGAUGUACCAACCGGAAAUCCUGAAGGAAGGUGGUGAUCAAACCGUGGCCAUCCUGUGCUCCUCUGGAACUACUGGUCUGCCCAAGGCUGUCUGCAUUUCCAACAGCAUCCUGAUACAGGACAGCAUGUUGGUCACCAGUCAGUCGGUUAUCUACGUUGGAAGCUGUCUGGACUGGAUCACGGGUCUGUGGGCCUUUGUCUUCAGCACCGUGUUUGGGUGCACUCGCAUUAUCAGCAACAAAGCCUUUACUCCUGAGUACUUUGUGGGCCUGGUGAAAAAGUACAAGAUCAACUAUGCGGUACUUCCACCUCGCCAUCUAUCCGCCCUGAUCUCUUGCCCGGAUGCCAAGCCGGAAGCUCUGGCGCCCAUUACUCAUCUUAACUACGGAGGGGGCUCAAUUUCGUUGGCGACCCUGCAGCGAUCCCAGGAACUCUGCAAGUCAGCCAUGUUUAACUCGGGCUACGGAAUGACAGAGGUGGGUGCCAUCACCAUCAACAUUGGAAUCAGCAACGUCUCCUCGGCUGGCCGUCCUAUUCCGGGAAUUAGGAUUCGGAUUGUGGAUGAGGAUGGCAAGAACAUGGGCUACAACCAGGUGGGAGAGAUCUAUGUGCACACGGGUCAGGCGUGGAACGGGUACUACGGUAAUCCCGUGGAGACACGACGCAUGCAGGACUUCGAGGGGUGGUUCCAUACCGGCGACCUGGGGUACUUUGAUGAGCAGAACUUCCUGUACAUAGUGGAUCGCAAGAAGGAGAUCCUCAAAUACCAGGGCCUGCACUACUGGCCCACCGAGAUCGAGGGCGUCAUCUCGGAGCUGUCGCAGGUACAGGAUGUGUGCGUGGUGGGGAUCUACGAUGAGCGCGAGGGCGAUGCGGCGGGGGCACUGGUGGUCAAGAGCAAGGGAGCCACCAUUUCGGCCAAGGAGAUCGUGGACCACGUGGCCAAGCGACUGCCCGCCACCCAGAAGCAGCUGAGAGCCGGCGUCCAGUUCACCGACAAACUGCCCGCCAAUGUCAAUGGCAAGACCAUGCGAAAGACGGCACGCGACGUGUUCGUCGCCCAGAAAGGCACAGGAAAGUGAGAUACUCGGUCGAGUAUAGUUUUAAUCACAAGUGUCGGGUGAUACUUGAAUCACUUCAGAAGAACUGCCCGAGGGCCCAGGUUUUAAGGGGUCCUCGAGAGCGAGGUGACCUUUGGAACCCAAUAAAUUUUGUUGUACCGGGAA